GAUAUGAUGAGAAUAUGGAAAGCAGUGUCAAACAGGACGCGACGAAGGCGUCUCUCUCUUUAUCUCACCGCGUCAAUUCCAUCACCGAAUUCCGAAAAGCCUUUCUCCUUUUUCUCCCUUGGCCCGUGAGUUGCCUUCGGCGCUUCGCGAUGUCUAUUCGCUAUUCACUCUUCAUAUCCUUCUCCGCAACCUGAAAUUCAGGGAAAACCUUCUAGUUGGCUAUCAAGUUUUGAUGAACGAAAAACACUUGGGAAAUUCCGGGGAAGUCAUCUCCUCCUUCCGUUAUCCUUGUGCUGAGUAGAAUUUGGCAGAUCCUAAACUGCCUCUCGGAUCUCAGCAAUCAGGCGCAUUCUGAACAUAAACCCCCUUUCUUCGAUCCCUUAUCUUAUACUUCAAGUCCUCAGAGCCACUUUACGGAACCCGGCUAUUUAUUGCUCGAAGACUUUCCAAUCUGCUGAUCCCACUUCAAUCCAGAGAUAUCUUGUGCCUGAAAAUUGCUACCACCGAUCGCCACCAUUUUCUUGACCUCUGAGCAGAAAUCCUGGUGUUCUGUUUCGAAUCUUUUCUAAUUCCAUCAUCCCAACGAAGUUCUACUGUAUUUUGAUCGCUUGAAACAUCUAAAUCCUUGAAACAGCUAUUACAUCCGCUUGUUAAUUUUUCGAUACGCAUACUUCCUUUGAUCAGGGGAUCCCCUCCUUUUCAGGAAAGGAUGUCGUUUGAGGAAGAAGAAGCACUCGAGCAAACUCUUCUUGUCGUCCGGGAAGUCUCCGUGUAUAAAAUUCCUCCCAGAAGCAGUAGUGGUGGUUACAAGUGUGGGGAGUGGCUUCAGUCUGAUAAGAUUUGGUCGGGAAGACUGAGGGUCGUGUCAUGUAAAGAAAGAUGUGAGAUUCGGCUUGAAGAUCCCAACUCAGGCGACCUCUUUGCCGCCUGCUUCGUCCUCCCAGGGCAGAGAGAGAAUUCCGUGGAAACUGUUCUUGAUUCCUCCCGCUAUUUUGUGCUGAAGAUAGAAGACGGAAGGGGAAAACAUGCAUUCAUUGGCUUAGGUUUCAAUGAGAGAAACGAGGCGUUUGAUUUCAAUGUCGCGCUAUCGGAUCAUGAGAAAUAUGUCAAGAGAGAGCACGAGAGAGACUCAGGCGAAGAGAACGAGGAGAGUCACAUCGACAUCCAUCCCGCAGUGAAUCAUAGGUUGAAGGAAGGAGAAACAAUCCGGAUCAAUGUGAAGAACAAGCCAUCCACUGGAACCGGCAUGCUAUCAGCUGCUGGAAUUCAUGGUGGAUCUUCUGGAACUGGGAAAGCUGGCGUUGUUUCUGGCACAGGGAAAGUUGGUGGAUGCCUUGCACCUCCUCCGACUGAUACCCCAAAGAUCAGAUCCCCUCUUCCACCACCACCCAAUGAUCCUGUUGCUGCAAGGAUAUCUCAUAACAUUGGGCAUCUCCAUGGUUCUAAAGAAAGUACGAGGAAUGGUGCUGAUCCUCUGUCGGAUUUGUCCAAGAUUGAGAGGAGCCUCCCGCAGGUGACUGGUUCUAGCUCGGCGAAGGGAACUGCUUCUGGCUGGGCGGCCUUCUAAAAUUAUUAGCAGAUACAAAGUUUAGCAGUAAAGAGAGAAAAUGGCACAAAGAUGGAACAAGGAGAUCCCUCUCUGCCUCUCUGGCCAGUACACGGAAUGGGAGCUUCACAUACUGAAGAUAGGUGCAAUAGAUUUUGCUGUUUGAAUUUUCUUCUUUUGCGCUGUCAGCGAUGUGCUAAUUCCUUUUACCUGAAGAGGCGCUAAUUUCUUUAUUUUGCCCUCUUUUGAGGAGGUAUACUCGUUAAGAAUUAAGACUGUUUAUAUGUUGUGGAGCUUUGUCUGUUA